GCCUUGCAAGACACUAGGAACUUAUUCACUUGAGUGGUGUUUGGGUCUGUGGGACCCAUUUUCAAUGUUUACCAAAAGAAAAAUUAUGCUAUUUAUUAUUAUUUCAUCCUCAGACUCCUUGCCUUUGGCUCAUUUUGUGUGAAGAACAUGUUUAAUGACACGUUUCUAAUGCGUUCACACUCUACACCCCCCUACACAUCUAUAUUACACAUGGUGUUCGGGUCCACUGGACCCACAGGUAUAAAAGUGUGUCCCUUUACUCUGUCCUACUACAACAUGUCCUCCUGUGUGUGUGUGUGUGUGUGUGUGUGUGAGUGUGUGUGUGUAUCUGAGACAGACAGAGAGCCAGACUGAGAGAGAGGCAGACAGACAGAGAGAAACAGACACAGACACAGAGAGAGAGAAAGACAGACAGAGAGAGAGAGUAACAGAUAGACAGACAGAGAGAAACAGAGAGACAAGCAGAGAGACAGCAUACAUGCAUCAAAUGAAUGAUAAACUCCCGUCCGACGUCAUCAUCUCCCUCUGUUCCCCGCCGAGUCCUGAAGCGCAGAGGAGCGCAGAACCGCAGCCCAGGCCCAAUACAGGACUGCCGAUCGCCAACAUGGUGAACUUUACGGUAGACCAGAUCCGAGAGAUCAUGGACAAAAAGUCCAACAUCAGGAACAUGUCUGUUAUCGCCCAUGUGGACCAUGGAAAAUCCACUCUGACCGACUCACUAGUGUGCAAGGCAGGUAUCAUCGCCUCCGCGCGAGCAGGCGAGACCAGGUUCACGGACACCAGGAAAGAUGAGCAGGAACGGUGCAUUACCAUCAAGUCCACAGCUAUCUCUCUGUACUACGAGCUCAGCGACAAUGAUAUGGCCUUCAUCAAGCAGUGCAAGGACGGAUCUGGUUUUCUCAUAAACCUGAUCGACUCUCCGGGUCAUGUGGACUUCUCGUCCGAGGUGACGGCGGCUCUAAGAGUUACAGAUGGGGCUCUUGUAGUAGUAGACUGUGUAUCAGGUGUGUGCGUGCAGACGGAAACCGUCUUAAGGCAGGCUAUUGCAGAACGCAUCAAGCCCGUCCUAAUGAUGAACAAGAUGGACCGUGCGUUGCUCGAGCUGCAGCUGGAUGCAGACGAGCUUUACAACACGUUUCAGCGCAUUGUGGAGAAUGUCAAUGUUAUCAUCUCAACCUACGGUGAAGGAGAGCAUGGACCGAUGGGCAAUAUUAUGGUGGAUCCUGUGAUAGGUACAGUAGGAUUUGGGUCAGGCCUUCACGGCUGGGCCUUUACCCUAAAACAGUUCGCUGAGAUGUACGUGGCUAAGUUUGCUGCCAAAGGUGAAAAGAAAAAAUCGGAUAUUUCCCCUGAUGAUCGCUGCAAAAAGGUGGAGGAGAUGAUGAAGAAGCUUUGGGGAGACAAGUACUUUGAUCCUUCAUGUGGAAAAUUCAGCAAAACAGCAAACAAUGCAGACGGGAAAAAGCUACCUCGCACUUUCUGCCAACUUGUCCUGGAUCCAAUAUUUAAGGUGUUUGAUGCCAUCAUGAACUUUAACAAAGAGGAAACCCAAAAACUAAUCGAAAAGCUGAAUAUUAAGCUUGAUGCUGAAGAUAAAGAGAAGGAAGGAAAGCCACUGCUUAAGGCUGUGAUGCGCCGCUGGCUGCCAGCAGGUGAUGCUUUGCUUCAGAUGAUUACCAUUAAUCUACCUUCGCCAGUCACGGCUCAGAAAUACAGAUGUGAGCUACUAUAUGAAGGCCCUGGAGAUGAUGAGUCAGCCAUGGGUAUCAAGAACUGUGAUCCUAAAGCUCCACUAAUGAUGUACAUCUCCAAAAUGGUACCGACAAGCGACAAGGGCCGAUUCUAUGCCUUUGGUCGUGUUUUCUCCGGUGUUGUUGCCACUGGACAGAAAGUUCGCAUCAUGGGCCCAAACUACACACCAGGAAAGAAAGAGGACUUGUACUUGAAGCCUAUUCAAAGAACCAUCUUGAUGAUGGGCCGCUAUGUUGAACCCAUCGAAGACGUGCCAUGUGGGAAUAUUGUAGGAUUAGUUGGAGUUGACCAGUUUUUGGUAAAGACUGGUACCAUAACCACUUAUGAGCAAGCUCACAACAUGAGAGUGAUGAAGUUUAGUGUUAGCCCCGUAGUACGAGUGGCUGUGGAAGCCAAGAACCCAGCCGAUCUUCCAAAGCUUGUUGAAGGCCUGAAGCGCCUGGCCAAGUCAGACCCCAUGGUUCAGUGUAUCAUUGAAGAGUCUGGUGAGCAUAUCGUGGCUGGGGCAGGAGAGCUACAUCUGGAAAUCUGUUUAAAGGAUCUCGAAGAAGAUCACGCCUGUAUUCCCUUGAAGAAAUCGGACCCAGUGGUGUCCUAUCGUGAAACAGUGAGUGACGAUUCUGACCAGGUUUGCCUGUCCAAAUCGCCCAACAAGCACAACCGUCUGUACAUGAAAGCCCGUCCGUUCCCAGAUGGCUUGGCUGAGGAUAUCGAUAAGGGGGACGUGUCCGCCAGGCAAGAACUUAAACAGAGAGCUCGCUACCUGGCCGAAAAGUAUGAGUGGGAGGUCACCGAGGCUCGCAAGAUUUGGUGCUUUGGACCGGAUGGAACAGGACCCAAUGUUCUGGUGGACAUCACAAAGGGAGUGCAGUACCUAAACGAGAUCAAAGACAGUGUGGUAGCUGGGUUCCAGUGGGCAACAAAAGAGGGAGCGCUUUGUGAAGAGAACAUGAGAGGGGUGCGAUUCGACAUCCAUGAUGUUACCCUGCAUGCCGACGCCAUACACAGAGGGGGCGGCCAGAUCAUUCCCACCGCCAGAAGAGUUCUCUACGCCUCUGUGCUUACUGCCCAGCCAAGACUCAUGGAGCCCAUUUAUCUGGUGGAGAUUCAGUGUCCAGAACAAGUUGUCGGUGGUAUCUACGGUGUCCUGAACAGGAAGCGAGGCCAUGUCUUUGAGGAGUCUCAGGUGGCAGGGACACCCAUAUUUAUAGUAAAAGCAUAUCUCCCUGUGAAUGAAUCAUUUGGAUUCACAGCUGAUCUAAGGUCCAACACGGGCGGCCAGGCCUUCCCUCAGUGUGUGUUUGACCACUGGCAGAUCCUGCAAGGAGAUCCGUACGAUGCCAACAGCAGGCCCUCACAGGUUGUUGCAGAGACCCGUAAGCGCAAAGGCCUUAAGGAGGGCAUCCCAGCCUUAGACAACUUUCUGGACAAACUCUAAUGAUACGAGUCUUAAAACCAGUUAGUGAUUAGUAGCCCUUAAAUUAAUGUUACUUAUCUCCAAGCUAAAUUGUAUGAUAAUACAGUGGUUCUCAACCUUUUUUCUCGUAGACCCCACCACCCCCUCCCCUGUGUUCGAAUAAUUAAUGAAUAAUAGUAUAUAUCUUGGUACUUCUAGUGCUUGCGGAGCUUCGUCACAUUGGUCUACAUCAACGGGAUCUGCAUCAACAUCCGAAUCGGAAUCAUUUGUUAUGCCUAUCUGUUGACCUUUGCACUUUUGACGUGGACAAAUCAAAUAUUUGUCCGUUCCUAAAGACCCACUGUAGGUUAUAGGUAGUUUAAAAUAGAUUUCCAUUACAUCACAAGAGAUCUUUCAUAAGCUAAUAGCCUAUAGAUUUUCUCAUUCCUGUUGCUUCUCUGUAAAAUGCAACAGGACCCCUCGAGCUCACCGAGGCCCCCUAGUGGGCCACGCCCUCUGGUUGAGAACCACUGUGAUAAUACACAUGCACAUUCAAAACUUACAAGGCUUGGCUUGUUUUCCAUGCUAUCAAUGGUACAAGUGAAUAAAACCCCAGCACCUUAA